CGGGUGGGCGGGGCUUCCUGCAGAGGGCGCCGCCGUUCGAAAUGCUUCCCGUGAGGGCGGCAGUUGAGGGCGGAAGGGCGAGUAUGGAGGCCGGAGGGCAGCCGCCUUUGCCGCUGCCCCAGGAGCUGAGGCGCUGGGCGGCCGAGGAGAUGAGGCUCCCGCCGGGGAAGAUACCCCCAGAGAGUGCCCUCCGGCGGAUGUGUUCAGGUCAGUGUGCUGAGAUCUGGAAACACGUCAUUCGCCAUGUGCAUCACCAGAGAAAUGUAAAGAAGAUCCGAGGAAAUUUGUUGUGGUACCGGCAGAUGGAGGAGACUGAGGGCAAGUUUAAUGGCUUGCAGUCUGAGAAAGAGCGCCGCAAGCAGUUGGUUCAGGGCAUUGCACGCCUGCGUGAGGAGCUGCAGAACAUUGACCUGCAGAUCGAAUCAACACAGCGGGAGCUUGUGGCUGAUGAGGUCACAAUGGAGACAUCACAGGAGAAGAUCCGUGAUGCCAAGCGCCGCACCUUGCUUCUGAAGGCCUACUCGACCCAGGUCAUGGCUGAGCAUCAGCUGUUGCAUGAAAAAGUAAUGCAAAUGAAGGGACAUUUGGAGCAACUAGAGGCAAUGAAAAGGAAGGCCCAGACAGCAGUGGUCUUGGGAAAGACUUCAAAGUCUGGAUUCCCUGGUUUGGAGCCAGAGGUUCUGCGAGAUGUUCAAGAAGCCUGUCAGCUUCGUUUCCAGUUCCUGAAGACCCUCUUUGAGCGCAGCAUAUCUGGGAACUUGCCCAAGGGGAUGAGUGAGGAGCAACUGAAUCAUUCAUACCAGCAUUGGCUCAGCAUUGCAGAGAGAGUUGCUGGCUCUCACCCACCCAAACACAUCCUUUUGGCCUUGGAGCACCUGGCCCUUCGGAGUACUCAGCAGUUGCAGGAACUUACCAGCAACAUCAACAUCCUCCGUGACGUGGAAGCACUCAAGUUUCGCUACAACAGCGGUCAUCUCGAAGAUGUCUCAGCCCCAGCCGAUGAUCUGCCCGCUGUCCAAAGCCUCAUGCAGGAGGGCUGGAGCAAAUGUGAAACGCUCCAUCUGGAACAGAUCUCCCUGCAUGCCCAGGAGAGGAGGCUGUCAGCACAGUUGGAAGGAGUUGUCCAAGAGAUGCAUCGCCAGCUGUCUGAUGGCUCAGAGCAUUCCAUCCUAGCCAGAGCUGUGUUUGAGUUGGAGCUCCGAGCUGUCAGGCUCCGGGGAUAUAGGAAUGGCCUUCUGGAUGGCUGCCGAGAGCUGGAAGAGGUGGUAAGGACCCGACGUGAAGAGCUUCAGGGUUUGCAGGCGAAACGCCAGCGUAUCCUGGACUUCCGCCACCUGGUCAAUGAGAAACAGCAGCACAUCCGACUGCUCAUCAAGGGCACCUCUUACAUAAAAUCCCAGCUCCAGAAGGACCAGGUUGAGAUACAGGACUUUAUAGAGAUGAAACUACUGCCUCAAGCUCAUCAGGUAGAAUUGGAAACGCAGAAAUUGUAUGACCGAGUGAAUCGUGAGGUCCAGCAGUUUGGGGCCAUUGCCCUUCCUUGCCUCUUGCGCCGCAAGCUCCCUGGUUCUAAGUACAUUCCUGCCCAUGAGCUUUCUAUCCACCGCUUGAGCCGGAUGGCACCAGCAGAGUACCGAGCUUUUCUCAAUGUGUGUAGCGGAGCUGCCUUCCCCCUUUACAAGGCCCCCGAGCAGCUCCUUUUCCACAUGGCUGACCUGAAGAAGAUGGUCUUUGGUCUGCGUGCCCAACUAACAUCCAAACAGCAAGCUUUGGGCAACCUGCAGCACCAGCUGGACGAGGCUCCAGAGCCCAACAUUCAGGCCCUCGUGGAAGAGAUACAGACCCAUGAUCGGGAGCAGGUCCGUGAGCUCCUGCCUCGGAUCCAGCGACUGACGAAGCAGUGCAGGUGCCACAUUGAGAGCUGGCAAGAGGUGCAGGGCACCGUGGAUGCCUGGUGGGAACAACCAGGACAGUUUGUGCUGCCUGGCGAGCGCCGUCAUGGCUUCACACUGCGGCAGUGGCUUGAGCGCUGGACCUUGGCCUCCAAGACGUUGCAGCAGCAGAAGUUACACAACUGGAUCUGAAAGCAGCACAAGCAAUGGCAGUGCCACUUGGCAAGGACGCUCGAGGGCCAGGGUGAACAUGGCUUAACAGAAGCAUGGUUGUUGAAACAUUUAUGUACUUUGUUUCACCAUUUAGCAGUCACUGACUAAAGGCGAGAGGAGGUUUUGUCUGCACUUCUUGGGAAAAUAACCUUGGUAGGUGUGAUUCACAAGCAAGUAGUGUGUCUUCAUAAUUUCAGAUUCAGUUGGAAUAAACUGAUUUUGGAAAAUGUGAAAUAAUUGCAUUUCAUAUCAAAUUAUAAUUCGUGCAGCAGACAAUAGCAAAGCGUGUCAUUAUUGGGAGCAAUUGCAUCAUGUGGACAUACACAUUUGUCAUUGGUUACAUCUUGCUCCAUCCCUUAGCUGCCCAUCUAGAUUUGAGGUUGGUGGGCUACACAAAAGUGGGCUUAACUCUUGUGAAAUGUAAAUCUGGGCUUGACACAGUUUGAGAAGCAAGAAAUGAAAAGGCAUUGGACAAAAGGAAUAACCACUACCUAGAAAUUCAAGUCUUUUUCUGCAGAGAGGGAUGACAUUGUUGGACACUUCCAAUUCCUUGUUCUACUCAGAAUUUUGAAAACUUACCACUUUAGAGUGAAACCCUUUCCAACCAGCAUUACCUACCAAUUUGCACAAGCUUUGCUUCCGUCCUCCUUGUUGCUUAAAUAGAUUGAUGGGAAAUACAGUAUUACAUUGUAUAAGAUAGUCAACGGGUGUGUGAAUAACCUUUCUUUAGUUUAAAAAAAUAAUAUUUCUUUUAUUCUUUACUUUGUUUUUAUUCUGCCUUUCUCCCUGAUAACAAAGUGGAUAACAAUACAAUACAAAUAGAAUGUAAAAACAAAGUAAAUACAUAUACAUACGUAUGGAUAUAAUAAUUAAAAAUAAAUAUUUGUGUCACAAAUGUAGAAGUUAAAAUACAAUUAAAUUUACAUAUGUGGGUUUGAAAAA